UAUAUAUAGGUAGGAGAGCGCGAGCCGUGGAUCACUCGACGGCGGUUCCAUGACCCUUUUGCUCCGCGACCGCGUAAACACACAUCUGUACUGUAGUACUGUAUAGCAGUGUUUAUAUUCGCGUCGUAUAUACCGAAAAUAGUGUUGCCGCUUGCCGGUUUCAAUAAAGUUUUACGACCUAAGAGUGCAACAGGAGAGUUUCAAUAAACAAAUGCGGAAAAACGUUUUCCUUUGAAGAUUCCUUUGAGAAAGUUUGGGAUGUUAUGAUAGUAGUGAGAUCCGCCGGUCUCGGCCUUUCAGCUGGCUACACGUGGAAGGGACUAUUUUAAUUACGGGACAUAAGUAGUUCUUACCUCAUUUGGCUGCGACUAUAACAUCGUGCGCGUGUUGCACGUAAGUAGUCGUUGGUAGAAAGAAUUUAAUUAGUUUAUAUUGAACAAAUCAACAGCAGCAAAAUGGCAUGUUUGAUAUGCCUGGUUUUGAGUGCUGUGUUGAUACAUUCCACUGCUGCAUCUUCUCUGGCUAGUCCACCCCAGUCAGCUGUGGUUGUUGCUUUUGAGGAUGUAUAUGAGCUGUCCUUGCUCGCUAACACCAUUUCGGAUCUUGGAAUUGAGACUACUCUUGUGAUACCCGCCAAUGUGAGCAACUACUACGAGCAUCUAGUUGGAGUUGAUUUGAUGACUGUAAAUGCUAGUCUUAAAGCAGAUGACAGCGAUGAUCUUAAAGCAGUCAAGCUCUGCGAGAGCUUUAUCUCUGAUUCAGGCAUAGCCAAGCAUGUCAAGUCUUUGCAACCAACGUUUAUUAUUUUCCCGGGUGUCAGGCACGAUGCUUGCUUAUUGCCAUGGACAGCCUCUGUGUCCUCUAUUCCUGUAAUAUACGCUCGUGGCCAUAAUCAAGAAUUAUAUGUAUUUGUAAAAACAGGAAUGGCUUUGCCAGUUCAUGAGACAGGUCUUCUUCAGAGCUUUAUUGAGAACUUGAAUCUCAAAUUCUAUAUGUACUCAAUUGAAAGUAAUUAUGUCAGUGCCACUCACAAAAUGAUCCAGAAAAAACUUCCCAAUAUUGAUAAUUCAUUGGCAAAUUUGUACUCUAAUGUGCAACUAGUUCUAUGGGGUGCAGAUCCAAUCUUACGUAUGAAUUCUGCUCUGCUGACCCAACUAGUGGCUGAGAUUGGGUGUCAUCAUUGUCGAGGUCCUCAACCCUUGCCUGCUGAUCUUCAAAAGGAAUUGGUGGAAUUUAGAGCAGGGAGUGUUGUUGUACUUCUGGACAAGGACUACGAUGUACUGAUUCGUGCUGUUGCACAAAAGUUACCAAAUGAUAGACAGGGUUUGGCUGUAAUAUGGAAAAACAAACAUGCAAAAAUGCACAACAAGCCUAACAAUCUUUUCAUCCAUAAAGAUGUUGACAGACAAGACCUCAUAGGCUACUCUAGAACCAGAGUAAUCCUAGCUCACUGCACGGACUCGGAAUUCCUCGAGAGUGCGUUCCACGGCUCACCGAUGAUCUGCUUUCCCCGUAAUGUCGACGAGUUGCGAAACGCCCGUCGCGCUUCAGAGCUGGGUUUUGCUUAUGUCGAAAAGAUCGACGCGAUGUCGGAUGCAGUAAGUGAAAGCAUCAAGGAAAUUCACGAGAGCACCCAGUACCGUGAAAACGCCCGAGUCGUUUCGCAGGCUAUACGCGACAGAUCAAACCAUGCUAUGGAUCGCAUCCUCUACUGGCUCGGUUAUACAGCGAGACACAACGGAGAGGGAAAGAACCUUCUCGUGCCCAAAAAAGUUUCCACGUAUAAUGAAAUUCUGCUAUCUGUUGCGGGAUUCCUCGUUGGCGUUAUUUUCACCACGCUACUGACCGUCGUUUUCUUCAUUAGCCAGAAUAUCUUCGAGUCUCAAAAGAAGAAGGAGAAGAAGAGAUACCACAGGAAAUAAUAUGUGAUAUGAACGAUUUUGUUAAACUUCUGAUAUUUUUUUACUUAUUGAAUGUUCAGAAGCUUUACUUUUACACGUGAUGUUUGAUAUUUUUAUAUUUUGAAUACUAGAAUUUUUAAUGUUUCCGUAUUUAAGGUAAACUUGAUUUUAACUUGAAAUAACGGAUACUCGAGAAUAUUCCACCAAACUUUUGUAUGCCAGAUGCUGAUCAGGAAUCAGCCCCAUGAAUAAUAUACAACAAGUGAAGAUAUUAGACGUCCAAGUCACAAAAAAGCAAUCAUUGUUUAGUUUAUUUAUCCUAGGCUAGAUACAGAGAGAAUCGCGAAAUGGAAUUUUUGGAAUCAAGUAUUUUUGCACCUUAUCGAUAGUGAUUCUCACGGUGUGUAAUUAUGAUGUAUUGUACGCAUGUGAACCGAGAAAAAUAAAAUAAUAAAUAAAAUAAAAAAGACCAA